UGGCUUUUGUACUUUUGUAGGAUUAGGAGGGACAGGACUGAGCAAAGAUGGAUGUGUACGACCCUCAAACUCUGGGAAUUGUGGUGUUUGGUGGCUUCAUGGUGUUCUCCGCCAUUGGCAUUACGCUCGUUUCAACUUUUUCCAUGAAGGAGACAUCUUACGAAGAAGCCCUGGCCAAACAACGGCAAGACUCCGGCAAGAUUCAACCCCAGCGCUCUGACAAGAAGAAAAGGGUAUCUGAAAAGAAAAACAAGGCCAAGAAGAAGGAGGAGAAGCCAAAUGGGAACCUUCCAGAAUCUGAGCCCGAGUCCAUCCCUGAACCUGUGGUAGAAAACAGUGAACCCAAUCCAUUACUCGAAGUUGAAGCAGAACCCCAACCUGAACCUGUGCCUGUUCCCAAGCCUGAACCUGAAGUUAAGCCCAAGCCAGUUGUACCUGAACCAUCUCCUAAGAUUGUUGAGUGUGCUGCCCCUCCUACUGUGAGUGCUGUGGUGGCCCCACUUGCUCCUUCCCCAAAAGAGAAGAAAAAGAAGAAGGUGGCCAAGGUGGAACCGGCCCCCGUCAAGCCUGUGGAGGUCCCAGAAGUUGUAGUUAAGGUGGAACCAGUGGUUGCAGAGGUGGCGGUGGCGGUGAAAGCAGCAGUUGCUCCUGAGGUUGCUGCUCCCCCUAAAAAUGAAGAACCCAAAACUGAAGCUCCAACCAAGAAGAAGUCUAAGAAGAAAGCUGAGCCAGUGGUUUUUGUGGAAACGGUUGAUGUCCCCCAGCCGUCACCAUAUAAAACUCUGGUCUCCAGUCUGAAUAGUGCAUCGUUCAGUGAAUCCGAGACCCAGAAACUCUUUGAGAUCAUCAGCAAGAAGGCAGGAAAGGACUCCUGCCAACUGGCAUCUCAGAAGGGUGACCCCUUGGCGCCGUUGAAGAAGCAGCUGGAGGAGAAGGAAAAGCAGUUGACCGCUGAGCAGGGCAACAUAGCUGCAGCCAAAAACCGUGUCCGAGAGCUUACCAAGGAGCUGAGUUCUUCAAAGGGCAAGAUGACAUCCUUAGAGACACGUAUGAGCUCUGAGCUGAGCGCCCGUGGCCAGGAGAUCGCAGCUCUACAGGCUCAAAUGCAGACUUCCUACCAGGAGCACAUCAACGAGACACAACAGCUCAACGGCAAGAUCCAAAGCCUGCAAGAGCAGUUAGAGAAUGGUCCGAAUGCUCAGCUGGCCCGUCUGCAGCAAGAGAACUCAAUUCUCAGAGAUGCCCUCAAUCAAGCCACUAGCCAGGCUGAAAGCAGGCAGAAUGCAGAGUUGGCAAAGCUGCGUCAGGAUUGUGUGCGUCUAAACCGAGAGCUGAAUGAGCGCACGGCUGCUCAGCAUGCUGAGGAAGAGCGCAGGAAGACUCUUGAAACCAAGAUGUCCACUGCUGAAGAACAGCUAGCACAAACACAAGCGUCCCGUAUGGAGGCAGAGAAGGCUCUGCAGCAGAAGUUGGAUCGAGUCUGUGAAGAACUCCAUGAGGCUCAGCACGGAAGCACCACCCUACAGACUCAAGUAGAUGCAUCAAAAGAGCAAACCAAGACCCUUACUGAACUCCAGGAGCGUAUGCGUGUUACAGAAAAAGAGCUGAAAGACAGAUGUGAAGAGCUGGAGAUAUUGAGAGCACAGCUGUCUCAGACACCACAGGUUACUGAGGAAAAGCCCUCUGUGGAAACAGAAGCAACAGUACAGGCUGAGAUCCAGAAUAUCAACUGCGAGGAGGUUGAACAGUUGAGGAGCAGUCUGAAAGAGAGGGAGGACCAGCUGACAUCAAUGGAGACGGAGCUUAAUCAGAGGAGGGAGGAGCUUGACACAUUAAAGAGAGCUCAGUCUGAGGAGACUCAGAAUAGGGUUAAUGAGGCGGACACGGAACGAAGGGAAUACACAGCUGAGAUCGACCAACUGAAAGCUAGUCUGAAAGAAAAGGAAGAUUCGGUGGCAUCUCUACAGGCUCAGCUGGAGAAGAUGGAAAGUGCUGAUACUGAUGAAGCUGAACCGCCGUUUGAGAAUCUGGAGAAGGACGCACGCAUGAUCUCGCUGGAGGAGGAACUUCAACAGCUUAAAGAAGAGAUGGAGCGAGUGAAGGCCAAGAGCAACGAACUGCGAGAUAAAAACUAUUCCACAGUGGAAGCCCUAUCUGCUGCUGAGAGGCUGAGUGAAGAAAGACUGAGCCAGGCCAAGGCCGCACAGAGUGAAGUUGAGCAGCAGCUGAGCUCUUUCCAGACAGACACCAGAAACGCUUUCCAGACGCUCUUCCCUCACAUCAGCAUAGAAACGCAUCAGACAAACUGGCUGGAAGCAUUCACACAUGAAGCACAGAAGAACCUGACAGAAAAUCACCAGAGUCCAGCAGAACAGCAGCACAUAAUGUCCGGCUCAGAUGUGACGGAUCUGCAGCAGAAACUCGCCCUAUCAGAAGAGAGACAGAGGUCACUUCAGGCUGAGUGUGAGCAGUACAGAUCAACUCUCAGUGAAACGGAGAGCACGCUGAAAGUUCUGCAGAGUAGUGUGGAGGACGGCGAGCUCAUGUGGAAGUCAAAGGUUACAGAUGCUGAGCAGCAAAAACAGACGGCUCUGGAUCAGGUGAAGGUCCUGGAGGAGACGAUAAAUGUGGAAAGACAGGACACCAAUCAGCUGAAGGGCCAGGUGAUGCUUUUGGAAGCCCAGCUGGAGAAACAACUGGAAUCCAUAACCAUCAGUCAAACGUAUGCAGAAGAAAUGUCUCAGCUGAAGGCAUUGUUAUCAGAAACUCAGGUCCAGCUGGUAUCAGCCAAAGCAGAGGCUCAGGAACAGAGAGCAGAACUUUCAUUGGUCAAGCAGGAGCUACAGGAAGUGAGUCGGCAGGUAGAGAACGAGAAGAGCACACCGUCCACUCAGGCGCAGAAGUGCGACAGAGAUCUCGAGGCUCAGUUAGAAGAGCUGAAAGCUGCUGGAGAAGGACCAACUGAAGAGCUAAAGGAGAGAGUGGAGAAAGAGAAGAAGCUGACGCAAGACCUCGGCCAGGCAGCCUCUGAACUGCAGCAGCUCCUGAAGAGCUCUCAGGAAGAGCUGGAUGAAGAGAAGAACCUGCCGGAACAGUUACAGGGCAAGGAAACUGAAGAGUCAAAAGAAGGAACGUCUGUUUGACAGAAAAAAUCCAACAACCUUGUGCCUUACUAUUCUUAUGCAUUAUUUACUUCUGUAUUCUCUGCUACUGUGGCAAAUGUGCCGACUGUUAGCCAGUGAGGAUUGUUAAGGGAGGAAGCAUAAUAUAUUUUUUGUUUUAUUGGAGCUGUUAUUAGGUGACUGAACACCUCCUAAAGUUAUUGCAAAACCGCUCAGUGUUGAAAGGGAGGAGUGCUUGAGUGAAAGAUACAGUACAGGAUGAUUUGUGCAAUUGCUCUUUUUAUCUUUUGUUUGCAUGUUCUCAUAAGAGUCAUAGGAAGGAACAUUUCAUGUUGCAGCAAUGCAGUACAAGCUACUACACUUUUGUAGUUGGCUGUUAACAAAUGUGAUUAUAUAAUAAUAAAAUACUGUAUGUACUUU